UCUAACAGUUCAUGCAAUGCAUUGUGGGUAGGUCAGGAGCAGAGAGGACGCCAUGUGCUUUUGAGGCAGAGGGACUGAAAGGAGACCCGGCUGUGACAGACUUGUUUUAUUUUUGAGGGACACCGGGAGAAUUUAAGGUUAACAUGUACUGCACCAGACGUUGCCUCCGGUCCGCGCUGUGGGCUGCAGCGACCACAACCCGGCAACAGCUUCAGCGUCAAGCUCCAGCCCUGUGUGCUCUCAGACUCAUAAAGACCAGCCCAGCCACCCACUCAGAUGCCAUCGCCACCCCUGCACUUGACGGAGCACCCAAACAGUAUUCUCCCAAAAUCCAACAGCUUGUCAAUGAUAUAUCCAGCCUCACUUUAUUAGAGGUGUCAGACCUCAAUGAACUCCUCAAGAAAACUCUGAACAUUCAGGAUGUUGGAAUGAUGCCAAUGGGGGCAAUGGCUGGCUCAGCUGUACCUGCAGCUGCUGCAGAAGAGGAGGAGUUACCAGUCAAGAAAGAGCAGACUCACUUCACCGUAAAAUUGACAGAAUUAAAGGCAGCUGAAAAAGUAAAACUUAUAAAGGAAGUGAAGAACUGCAUCCCAGGCUUGAAUCUGGUGCAGUCUAAAAAACUAGUGGAGUCUCUGCCCCAGGAAAUCCGGGCCAAUGUAUCCAAAGAAGAGGCAGAGAAACUGAAAGCAUCCCUUGAGGCAGCAGGAGGCACCGUUGUGUUGGAGUAGAUCUACGUGACCACCAGUUCUCCAACGUUUUGCUACUCAUGUACUUCAUCCUCUUUUUUUUUUUUUCUUUCUUUUUUUUACAUGACAAAGAGGUCGAUCUCUGGAAACAAAGAAAUGCCUUUCGACAUUAAUACAGUCCCUUAACAGUGUCAGGUGGGGCGGUUCAACUCAAACUGAACUUUCCAGGCACACAGCCUGCACAAAUGGCCGCCCUGCUUUUAUUCUGUCCUUUAGUCUGUUCAUAUGUCCGUCUGAUACUUGUGUAGCAAACAAGCUACAAAAACACUGGCUUGGGUGCCAAGUAAGUCAGUUGGUCAUUCUGUUUGUAUAGGUUUUCUUUUCAAAGAAGUAAAGAUUAUGCUGUGGGGACAUGGUUACCAUUCCCCAUGUUGAAGAACACCAGAUACUGUAUAAAGUUCAGGGCAUGGCAGAGCUGAGUCCUCAUACUUACAGAAUUGUUAUUAAUGAAUAAUUAAAGUUGAAAAAUCCA